AUGGCUGCACGAAGAGCGCUGUUUUUCUCCGAGGGUUCUACAGUUGAGCGUCCUCAGUGGCUUGAUUGUUUACUGAAGGGGGAUUUCUUCUCUUCUUGCACGCGACACGUGUCGCUGAAGAAGAACGAAAUGAAUUUGUUCUGUCUGGACUGCAUGGAGGAGCUUUGCCAGCAUUGCAUGCCAAGCCACCAAUCUCAUAAAAUGCUCCAGGUACGUCCGUUGUACUGCCGCAUUUGCAUAUUUCACGGGGAAUUCAAGCGGAUUGCCAAAUUUGAGGAGGUCUUGGGUCAAAUGGAUUACAUCGAGUCCAAUCGACCUUACCACAAACAAACCGACUCAAAGAAUUCCUUUUUCUCCUUUGUCCAGAUUCGAAGAUACGUGUAUCACGACGUUGUUCGGCUUCAAGACAUCACGAAGCUCGUGGACUGUAGCGGAGUCCAGGCCUACAUUGUCAAUGGCUCAAAAGUGGUGUUCUUGAACCAGAGGCCUCAGCCUCGUCCGACCAAGACGACUAAUUCAUGCCUGACCUGCGCUCGAAUGCUUCAAGACGAAUUCAGUUACUGCUGUUUGGGUUGCAAGGUACGUCUUUGA